UCUACAGUUUAGCUUCGAGAUGUCGAUCUUCGACUGGCGGGAAGUGGUUCGACCGGGGAAGCGCACGAAUUGCUUUUAUGGGGAGAAAGGUGUUUUGUUGCGCGCGCAUUGACGAUCGAUAGAUCACCGUUGACCAAGAUAUUGACUGAACCGGGAACCAGGACAGCUACGAUCACAUCAAAGAUUUAUGCGCGAGGAUAUGAAGAGGGGUAUGCAGGGGGUGGACUGCCGGAGGGAGGUAACUUAGCAGAGACUUGAUGACAACAAAGAUGAGUAUAAGUAUAAGGGAAGACAUGCGUUGAAGAAUGGGUAAAGCUUCAGACAGUAUCAAUCAGGAUCUGGAUCAACAUGUUGCUGAAGUCUAUCAUCCUCGCUCUGGCAACGGCCACUGGCAUCAGCCAGGCCAACCCAAUCGCCCCCCGUCAAGGACCUACCGGCAACGGCCCGUUCGCCCCCGCAUAUUACACCACCGACUCCUCCCUCAACGGUCACACCCUUUACCUCCCCCGGAACGUCCCCCAGGGAGCCAAAAUUCCCGUCCUGGUCUGGGGUAACGGCGCUUGCUCCGCUAACGGCCUCGACUUCCUCAACUUCCUGACUCAAAUUGCCUCCCAUGGCGUGUUUGUCAUCUCUUCCGGCUCGCCCGGCGGCCAAGGCUCAACCAAUGCCCAGAUGAUGACCCGCGCCAUCGACUGGGUCACCAACGCCGCCACCAAACAGCGCUAUCCUUGGCUGGAAACGUCUCGAAUCUCGGUCUCGGGGAUGAGCUGCGGUGGCGUUGAGGCGUACACGGCGGGAGUGAAUGACAACAGGGUCACCACCAUCGGGAUUUACAACUCGGGUCUGUUGAGUGAACAGGAGAGCAGGAAUGUUGUGCCGAGAAUCAACAAGCCAAUCUUCUACUUUAUGGGAGGCCCCAGUGAUAUCGCUUUCAACAACGUGGGUGUUUCAUCGCGAAUGGGGGUUGGAAAGAAGCUGACACAAGACCAGGGCGAGAGAGACUACCGACUUCUUCCGCAAUCCACACCGACCUGGAAGGGCAACUUGAAUGUUGGGCACGGCGGAACCUAUGGUGACCAAAACGGCGGCAAGUUUGGUGUUGCCGCUGUCAGAUAUUAUCAGUGGGUUUUGAGAGGUAACGCGACUGCUGCCAACUUCUUCACCAACAAUCAGGAGGCAAGCCGAGAUGGGUGGAGUGUCGAGAGCCGAAGCUUGGGGAAUCUGAGGGUGAAUCCUAUCUAAGCUGUUUCCAUAGCUACAACUGAAGAGCGGUCCGAGCAGUGGGCGUUGGAAGGUCUCAAUCGCCUCGCGAUAUGGUCGUACUGAGGUAGCCAGGCUACUCCUUGGUACCGGCCAUAUCGAUUUCUAUCUCGAGAUUGCUUUGGAAGAGCUCCUCUAUUGUCGGCUAGAAACGUCGGAAGUGUUGAAGUUGUCAAGCCUUGGCUUAGUGUGCUGAAGAUCACGGUAUAACAGUGAAAGUUGCUAAGACUCCCAUGACUGGGUUUCACAUCGAAUGAGCCCUCAAGUUAGUGACAUUU